UCUUGUAACAAACCACUCCCAACACAAUCUCCCGUCUGUUUGUGUGUGUAUGCAGGAAAUGGCAGGAGCUGCUGGUAGAGCCAUGGGUGCAGUCCUGGCAUUGUGCUUUGUUGUUUCAAGCACCGCUACGGUUUACACUGUCGGUGAUGCCAGCGGUUGGGGUCUGACCGUGGACUACAACACUUGGACAAGUGGCAAAACCUUUGCCGUGGGUGAUAGCCUUGCAUUUACAUACGUGGGAGGGGAUCACACGGUGACGGAGGUGAGUGCAAGUGAUUAUAGCAGCUGUAGCGCAGCCAAUGCGAUAAACACAGACAGUAGCGGGACGACUACGAUCGCUCUAAAGACGGCAGGAACGCAUUACUUCAUAUGUGCAGUACCUUCACAUUGUAGUGGUGGGAUGAAGGUUGCGGUCAAAGUCGGAGGGACAUCUGGCACACCCACCAGCACAACCACUGGCACCGGCAUCAUGACCGCCAUGCCCACUGACACUUACAUGUACUCAGCUACCAGCAUGGUUUUUCCUUCCACAGCCAUGCUGCUCAUUGGAGUUGCACUCUGCAUGUUUACUCUAUCCUAAUUCUCUCUCUCU